UCUAUAAUUUUCCGUGCGAAAAUGCAUAAUUAAGUGAAAAACGAACGAAAGUGAGGUUAGAAUUUACAAUCAAUCGCGGUAGUCCCGGUAAACACACGUCUUAUCGAAAAAAGAUUAAAGAUCAGAUUCAAAACGGGAUAAUUGCGCGAAAUUCGAACAUAAAUAAUAAUAAAAAAGUGAAUUAAAAUGGCGAAUUUAACGUUGGAAUUGAAUAAACCGAUGGAACUUCGCGUUCAAGAGUUUAAAAAUGACCCGGAGAUGAUGAGGGAUGUAAACGGGUUUAUUAACGACCUUUUAGAGGCCGCUAAAAUCGAAGCUCAAUCCAGGCAGAAACAAAAAAGUAAAUUAGAUAAUGGAAUACAAAAUGGCACGAAACGCAUCGGACAGUGGUCGAAUAGGGCCAGGACGUCGGCGAGGACUUUUGCAACUAGAAUAUUUACGGCUAUUUGUAAUUGUACUACUUCCGUUAAAAACGUUGUUGUUAACCGAAACUAAAUACGACAAGAAUAUGAUAAUUAAGAAGGUAGAUGAUGAACUUUACUAGAGAAACUGCCGAUUUAGUUUUAUUAAAAAUUUUCGGCUUUUCAUUUAAUUAUUUGGGGUUUUUAAUGGGAUAUUUUAAAUUUCGUUUUUAUUUCGAGGUUGGUAGUAACUAAUUACUAAUUAAUAAAAAGUGUAUUUUUUUUUUCAAGGACGAUUGUAUCUAAAAGGAGUGCUACAUUUUUCUUUUACAAUCCGGAAAAUGUUUUUGUUAUAUUUAUAUUAUAUUUACCUCCAAAGGAAAUUUAUUAUGAAGUGACUUUAACAUGUAUCACAGAUUUCAUAAAUUAACCUUUCAAUUUGUAAUUAAAAAAUUUCUAAUUUCGCACUAGCGCCAUCUUUUGUUGAUUAGCUUUGAAAUGACAAUAUUGAAAUGAAUACAAACAUGCGAAAUUGUUGACAGCUAAUUAUAACAAAUAUUAAUGUUUGUGAAAUGUUGUGUAUACAAAACAGAUAAUUUACCAGUAUUUGUUAAUAAUUAGUAGAAAUAAUAUAUAAAGCUUUUU